CGAUGUUGUUUAUUUACAAGGGGGAAUAAGCAUUUGAAAAAAGGUCAAUGGACUAUAAGUUGUAGAGAGAAAAACAGCAAAGUUUAUUUAAAAGUUACAUGAUGCGUAUAAUAAAUCAUCUGACAUUCUCGUGUUGUUAUGGAAACGUAUACAUACAUAAAUGUGGGUGGUGGUGUGAGGACUAAGGCCGAACUCAGGAACAGAAAACAGUGGCAUAGUUUGAUACCAAGGGCAAUGGAUAUGGAGGAAAAAAUAUUUCGAAGAAGUCCCAGUAAUCGGUAUUUGUACAUCAUCCUGGUUGUCGGCUGCAUUGUGUCAUGUGUUAUUGGUAUACUCAUUGGGCGUUUCGCCAUCCGCCCGGAUGACGAACCGGAAGUUAAAGAUGGGCUCUACUUAAAAGGGGUUUCGGAAUUCCUUGUCAAAGACGGGGACCCGGAAAUAGCGGAAGUGCUCAUGAAAAACAUCAACAGUGACAAUAUACGAAAAUAUCUAAGAAAGCUGACUGAAAAACCUCAUUUAGCUGGAACCAAUGAAAGUCACGAAUUAGCUAGGGAGCUCAGAGACCACUGGGAAGCUGUCGGAUUAGAUCACGUGACCAUGACGCCAUAUAAAGUACUCUUGUCCUAUCCUGACCCGGAUGACCCCAAUUUUGUGGAACUUUUAGACGGAAAUAACGUAACGCAAUAUAGGUCUAAUACUACUGAAAAGAUCCUUACUCCAGAGGAAGAUAAACCUGGUGUCGUGCCACCAUUUAAUGCAUACUCGGCAUCAGGGGAUAUUUAUGGCGAUAUUGUUUAUGUUAAUUAUGGGAGAGUAGAAGAUUACCAGUUCCUUGAAAAUAACAAAAGUAUCAACGUCUCAGGAAAGAUUGUUUUUGCUCGAUAUGGGGAAAUAUACAGAGGCGAUAAGGUUCGUUUAGCUGAAAGAUGGGGAGCCGCCGGUGUCAUUUUAUUUUCAGAUCCAAAUGAUGUAACAAACGGCGAUUUUAGCCGAGUAUAUCCGGAUGACUGGUGGCUUCCGCCAUCUGGUACCGAGCGCGGAACGCUUCUAAUUGGAGAAGGGGACCCAACGACUGCAGACUAUCCAUCCAUAGAAACAGCUUAUCGAGAAUUAUCAACGGAUUAUUUUGUACCAAAAAUACCAUGCCAUCCUAUAGGUUACGGCAUUGCAAUGGACUUAAUGAAAAACCUAGGUGGCGACAGUGUACAAGAUGAAUGGCAAGGUGGAAUGAAUGUUAUUUAUAGGUUUGGAGACGAAUUUAAAGUACCCGGAUGGAAAGCUCAUAUAAAGAUAUCAACAAGUAAUCAGAAUGCGACAACAUAUAACACUAUUGGUGUAAUCAGAGGAAGUGUAGAGCCAGAUCGUUAUGUAAUAAUUGGGAACCAUAGAGACGCUUGGGUUUUUGGAGCUAUCGAUCCUUCAAGUGGAACUGCCGUCAUGAUGGAAAUUUCACGGGUCAUGGGUCAACUUGUAAAAUCAGGAAAAUGGCGACCAAGGCGUUCCAUAGUUUUCGGUAGCUGGGGUGCAGAGGAGUAUGGGAUUAUAGGAGUAACAGAGUGGGUGGAGGAAUACACGAAAAGUCUGGGGGCCAGGGCCGUUGCCUAUGUUAAUGUAGACUAUGCUUUUGACGGAAAUUUUUCAUUUUACGCCGAAGGCACACCAUUAUUAUUUUCACCUGUUAUCAAAGCUACAAAAACAAUCAGAAAUCCAAAUGAAACAGAAAUAGCUGCUGGGCGGACUACAGUGUACGAUACUUGGUUAGCUACCUUUCCAGCUAAGAAGUUUGGAAGGCCUAGAAUAGCAUUGCCCGGAUCUGGAAGUGAUUACGCUCCAUUCAGGGACAAGCUUGGCGUUCCAAUUAUUGAUCUAUGGUAUACCUACGAUCCGGAUCUUAACGUUCUGUCGUACCCUCUGUAUCAUUCAGUGUACGAUACGUUCUACAUGGUGGAUAAGAUUGCCGACAUAGGCUUCAAGUAUCAUACAACAAUGGGCCAAAUUUGGACAGAAGUUACACGUGACUUAGCUGACAGUCUUUUGCUGCCAUUUAACGUAUCGGACUACUCUACUGUACUGAAUGACCUUGGUGAAUCGUUCAUUUCUAGAUUUGAACGAGAGAUGCAAAGCUUUGGAUUAGACACAUCACUGUUACAGGGUGUCAUUUCUAACUUCACACGGGAGACAGAGGAGUUUGAAAAGCGGAUAAAAACAGCAAAUCUACAAGACCCUUUUGUUGUAAGAAGAAUUAAUGAUCAACUAAUGCAACUUGAUAGAGCUUUUCUUGACCCAGCUGGUUUACCAGGGCGAAAGUUGAAAAGACAUAUAUUAUUUGCUGAUAGCACGAUCGACAAUUAUUCCGGAAGUAGUUUUCCUGGUCUCUCAGACGCUCUUGUAGAAAUAUCGCUAGGAAAGAACACUACUGAACAAAGGGAGAUUGUGAAAAAACACUUUUCUGUGGUUUUGUUUACUAUCCAGUCGGCGGCAGGAACUUUAAAAGAUGUGUCAGACUUUAUGUAUAGACGUUAAUGAAAAGUAAUAACAGUCGUCAGUUUUUACAGGGGUUGAGAUUUUAACAAGUUCAGAAGUAUUUCUACAUUACUUUUUAAAACAACGACACUGUGACUGUGUAGUUGCUAACCUUAUAUAUUUGUGAUAUCUAAUAAAAUUUUAUAUUUGA